GAGCCCCAGCACAGUGAAUCCGUGCUGCUAUUACCCAUGCCAGAACAAAGGGGUGUGCAUGAGGGUCGGCUGGGAAGACUACGAAUGUGACUGCACCCGUACUGGGUACUUCGGCAUCAACUGCACUCUGCCUGAGUUUUGGACGCGACUCCGCGUUUUGCUCAAGCCAAGCCCGGCCGUCUAUCACUUCAUCCUGACUCAUUGCAAGUGGCUUUGGGACAUCAUCAACACCACCUUCGUUAGGGACACCCUGAUGAAACUGGUGCUCACAGUGCGGGCCAAUCUGAUCCCAAGCCCCCCCACCUAUAACUCGGCUUACGGAUACAUCAGCUGGGAGUCCUAUGCCAACGUGAGCUAUUUCACCCGGGUCCUUCCACCUGUACCGGAGGACUGCCCGACUCCUAUGGGAACCAGCGGGAAGAAGCAGCCCCCCAACCCUCAGCUCCUUGCGGAGAAGUUUCUGCUCCGGCGGCAGUUCCAGAGAGACCCCCGGGGGACCAACCUGAUGUUCGCCUUCUUCGCGCAGCACUUCACUCACCAGUUCUUCAAGACGUCCGGGAAGAUGGGGCCCGGCUUCACCAAAGCCUUGGGCCACGGGGUAGGAGAGGGCCUCUCGCUGCCUCCCCCCCUAGGAGAGACCAUCAAGAUCGUGGUGGAGGAAUACGUGCAGCAUCUCAGCGGGUACUUCCUGCGCCUCAAGUUCGACCCCGAGCUGCUGUUCGACGUCCAGUUCCAGUACAGGAACCGCAUUGCCGUGGAGUUCAACCAGCUCUACCACUGGCACGGGCUGAUGCCGGACUCGUUCGUCAUCCAGGGCAAGGAAUACAGCUACCAGCAGUUUAUCUACAACACCUCCAUGCUCAUGGACUAUGGGGUGGAGGCCUUGGUGGAGUCCUUCUCCAAGCAAAUAGCAGGAAAGGUCGGCGGGGGCCAAAGCAUCAACACCCACCUCUUGAAAGUGGCUGUUGGCGUUAUUGAGGAAUCGCGGCUGCUGAGGCUGCAGCCGUUUAACGAGUACCGCAAGCGCUUUUCCAUGAAGCCCUACAAGUCCUUCCAGGAGUUAACAGGAGAAGAGGAGAAGGCAGCGGCGCUGGAAGAGCUCUAUGGAGACAUUAAUGCCCUGGAGUUUUACCCGGGCUUGCUGCUGGAGAAGCCCCAGCCGAACUCUAUGUUUGGGGAGAGCAUGGUGGAGACGGGAGCCCCCUUCUCCCUGAAAGGGCUGUUCGGAAACCCCAUUUGCUCCCCGGAAUACUGGAAGCCCAGCACGUUCGGCGGCGCGGCUGGCUUCGAGAUCGUAAAGACGGCGUCGCUCCAGAAGCUGGUGUGUCGCAACGUCAGGCGGUGUCCCUUCGUGUCCUUCCACGUGCCAGAGCCCAGCACAGAGACAGGAACCACUGGCGACCACCAAGCCAAAAAUCCAUCCACCGAGCUCUAGUGCCAUGGCAGCUCCGGGGAGGGAGAGGACAGCCUCCCUCAGGCCCGUGCCUGAUAAGACAGCAGCUGAGGUUCCUCCUUCGCUCUUGUCCUAAUGAUUCCUGGUGUACGACCCCGGUACAAAGCCCUUCCGAACAGAGCCAGACAGGAGGAGGACAGCAUGUAUCAAUAGAACAUGUGGCAUUACUCAGACCCGGGCCUGGGAGGGGGAAAGGAGAGAGAGGCUGGUACUAGCGAAGGGAGAGUCUGAGUCAUCUCCAUGCUAAACAAUGGUCUGUCUCCACUCACGCGGCCUGUGGAUCCCCGCACGGCGCCAGCUCUGUUUUCCGGGGGACUCUCGGCCUCUCAGCUGCUUCCCGUACCCGCCUCACCCCCUUGUCUGCUAUCGAGAGUCGCUUUCCUGCACGCAGACAGCCAGGCGACCGACACCCCGCAGCCGGGUGGAGACAGAGCAGUGCGCAGCGACCCUCUGGCCCCCUUGCUCAUCCCUCUGGCCCCCGCAGAGUAGGCAGAGCAGCCCGACGGCUUGUGCGUUCACACCACCAACCGCCGUCCCCCAGGAAAUCGCCACAAUGAGGCUUUUUCUCGGGUGAGCGGGGCUCUGGUUUGGACCUGUCGCGUGCUCAGCACUUUAGGGCUCAGCCCUUUCUCCUGCACCCAGGCAAGGCCAGACUCUCCCACAGCUCGAGGGGGGUGCAGGAGGUGAGAGCAGCCCCCCGUGGGUUAUCACAUGGCUGGAGCACACUCCUUCCUUACAGGUCGGAGCCUGCCCGAGGCCAAUCCUUAUACAAACUAAUCAGAGCUCCUUCCCUUCGCUGGUGCCCAGCUCAGCUGCAGUUUUCAGACCUCUGGGCAAGCUGGCUAAAGAGACCUCCUACCCCGCAGGUACAAGUCAGCCCUGGCGGAUAACUGCCUGGAAGAGACGGCGAGCCAGCUUUGUGAACUGGAUCCCGUUAACGGGCUGAGUGGGCGCUGACAACGAUUAAAUUUCGGCCUGCAUCAGCCGUUGCCAGCAGCAAGUGGGAAGCGAAGAGCUUCUGAGGCCUACCCUGCUUCCUGCUUCUGCAAAAGCCUAUGCAAAUAAAGCGCAGAUUAGCAUAUUGCUGUGCUUCAUUUGCAUAAUUAACUAGGAGCCGUUUUUGUGCAAGAGCCAUUCUUCCUGAAAAAAUGAGGAAGAACGG